UUCUUAAAGCCUUAAUUUGCAGAUCUCUUCCCGUUUUCCAUGGCACGGAUUUGAUUAUGUUGGCCGCCGUAUCGUAUUUUGAAUGAUUUGGAACAGAGAUCGGCGAGAUUGAAACAUUGGAUCAGGUAAAGAUUUAGAGAGAUGGAGCAGAAGCACAUUUUGUUGUCGGCAUUGAGCGUUGGUGUAGGCGUAGGAGUAGGGCUUGGAGUAAACAAAUGGACUAGCGGUGGUUUGGAAGAAGGCGUCACACCGGCGCAAAUUGAGCAGGAACUUCUCAGGCUCAUCGUCGAUGGAAAAGAUGACAAGAUCACGCUUAAGGAAUUCCCUUAUUACAUCAGCGAACAGACUCGGGUGUUAUUAACAAGUGCAGCAUAUGUUCAUUUGAAACACUUGGAUGUUUCUAAGCAUACCCGAAAUCUUUCGCCUGCAAGUAGGGCUAUAUUGCUCUCAGGACAAGCUGAAUUUUACCACCAAAAGCUUGCAAAGGCUCUGUCACAUGACUUUGAAGCAAAACUACUAUUGUUGGACAUCGUAGACUUUUCUGUAAAGAUGCAGAGCAAGUAUGGUACAUCUAAGAAAGACUCUUCUGUCAAAAGGUCUAUUUCUGACAUGGCAAUGGAGCGGAUGUCCACUUUACUUGGAUCGUUCUCCACAGCAAAGGAAGAUGGUGGAGGAGCUUCAUCUAAGCAAAGCAGUGGCUCAGCUGCCAAAUCCAGGAGUACAGAAAGCACAAAUUAUUUUCCAAAGCACCAUAGGAACGCCUCUGCUUCUUCUGAUACAAGUGCUAUCAAUUCCCAGUGCCCUUCUUCAAGUUUAGCUUCUCUCAAGCGUGUGGGCAGCUGUCCUUUUGAUGAAAGAGUUCUUUUGCAGGCACUAUACAAGGUUUUAGUCUCUUUCUCCGAAACAACCGGCAUCAUUCUCUAUAUCAGGGAUGUAGAGAGGUUUCUUCAAUCACCGCGGACAUAUAAAUUGUUUGAUAAAAUGUUGAAGAAACUGUCGGGAUCAACAUUAGUUCUUGGUUCGCGGAUGUUGGACCCAAAUAAUGAAUGUGGGGAAGUCAGUGAGAAAAUUGGCUGCUUAUUUCCUUACAAUAUUGAAAUCAAACCACCUGAAGAUGAGUAUCAUCUCAUCGACUGGAAAGAACAAUUAGAAGAGAACAUGAAGAAGAUCCAGUUUCAAGAUAACAAAAACCAUAUUGCUGAGGUGUUAGCAGCAAACGAUCUUGAGUGUGAUGACUUAGGUUCAAUUUGUCACGCAGACACAAUGUUUAUCAGUAAUUACAUAGAAGAAAUCGUGGUCUCUGCAAUCUCUUAUCAUUUGAUGAGUAACAAAGAUCCAGAAUAUCGAAAUGGAAAGCUCGUCAUAUCAUCUACCAGUUUGUCACAUGGAUUGAACAUCUUCCAAGAGGGGUAUUGUGGUGGAAAAGAUACUCUAAAGCUGGAGACAAAUGCCGACUCAUCCAAGGUUUGUUGCAGACAUUAGCAUUUCGUUGGACCGGAAGGGGAAGAAAGUGUUGCAUCAAACAAAAAUGAGGCAGAAAAAUCAGUUCCUCCAAAAGCGGAAGGUCCUCCUGACAACGAAUUUGAAAAGCGCAUAAGGCCAGAGGUUAUCCCCGCCAAUGAGAUCGGAGUAACUUUUUCAGAUAUUGGAGCCCUUGAUGAGAUAAAGGAGUCCCUACAGGAGUUGGUUAUGCUUCCUCUUCGAAGACCGGACCUUUUCAACGGUGGCCUUCUUAAACCUUGUCGUGGCAUAUUGCUCUUCGGACCACCAGGAACCGGGAAAACCAUGCUGGCAAAGGCAAUUGCUAAUGAAGCAGGAGCAAGCUUCAUCAAUGUCUCAAUGUCAACCAUCACUUCAAAAUGGUUUGGUGAAGAUGAGAAAAACGUGCGAGCUCUAUUCACGCUUGCAGCAAAGGUUUCUCCAACUAUAAUCUUUGUGGAUGAGGUUGAUAGCAUGCUAGGACAGCGAACAAGAGUAGGCGAACAUGAAGCCAUGCGAAAAAUAAAGAACGAGUUCAUGUCACAUUGGGAUGGAUUGCUAACUAAACCAGGGGAACGCAUUCUUGUCCUUGCAGCCACCAAUAGACCAUUCGACCUUGAUGAAGCCAUUAUUAGACGGUUUGAGCGCAGAAUUAUGGUGGGUCUACCAUCGGUGGAUAACAGAGAAACGAUCUUGAAAACUCUGCUGGCAAAAGAAAAGGUAGAAGAGUUGGACUUUAAGGAGCUUGCAAUGAUGACAGAGGGAUAUAGCGGAAGUGAUCUUAAGAAUUUGUGUGUAACAGCAGCAUAUCGACCCGUGCGAGAACUAAUGCAGCAAGAGAGACAAAAAGAUAUCGACAAGAAGGGAAGUGAUGAAGCCAAAGAGACAAAAGAAGAAAGCGAAAGAGUUAUUAACCUGAGGCCUCUAAACAUGGAAGAUAUGAGGCAGGCAAAGAAUCAAGUGGCUGCUAGUUUUGCUAGUGAGGGAUGUAUAAUGGGUGAGCUAAAACAGUGGAAUGAAUUGUAUGGGGAAGGAGGUUUAAGAAAGAAAGAACAACUAAGUUACUUCCUGUAAACCAAAAUGAAAGGAGGCAAAUGGUAGUAGUUGUUCAUUGUUGGUGUGGAUUAUGCAGCCAUUUGGACCCUGGACUACACUACAAAGAAGACGAAGAGAGUUGAGAAUUUGUAAGAUAAUCAUGUCAUGAUAAUUUGUGUGUCAUGUUUGUAUAUGCAGACAGUCUGUCGGGUGGUAAAGUCGUUAUACGUCCGGGUGUGUAAAUUUGUGCUUUCAUAAUUUAAAGAAUGUAGAACAAAAAAAAAUCAUAUCAUAUCAUAUCAUGUAAAGCGGACAUUGUUAAAUUAUAAUUUGUU